AUGCAACACAAAGCAAGACGAUGCACCACAAAGCAAGACGAUGCAACACGAAGCAAGACGAGGCAACACAAAGCAAGACGAUGCACCACAAAGCAAGGCGAUGCAACACAAAGCAAGGCGAUGCAACACAAAGCAAGACGAUGCAACACAAAGCAAGACGAUGCAAAACAAAGCAAGGCGAUGCAACACAAAGCAAGACGAUGCAACACGAAGCAAGACGAUGCAGCACAAAGCAAGACGAUGCAACACGAAGCAAGACGAUGCAACACGAAGCAAGACGAUGCACCACAAAGCAAGACGAUGCACCACAAAGCAAGACGAUGCAACACGAAGCAAGGCGAUGCAACACGAAGCAAGACGAUGCACCACAAAGCAAGACGAUGCACCACAAAGCAAGACGAUGCAACACAAAGCAAGACGAUGCAGCACAAAGCAAGACGAUGCAACACAAAGCAAGACGAUGCAACACAAAGCAAGACGAUGCAACACGAAAGCAAGACGAUGCAACACGAAGCAAGACGAUGCAACACGAAGCAAGACGAUGCAACACGAAGCAAGACGAUGCAACACGAAGCAAGACGAUGCAACACGAAGCAAGACGAUGCACCACAAAGCAAGACGAUGCAACACAAAGCAAGACGAUGCAACACGAAGCAAGACGAUGCAACACGAAGCAAGACGAUGCAACACGAAGCAAGACGAUGCAACACAAAGCAAGACGAUGCACCACAAAGCAAGACAUGCAACACAAAGCAAGACGAUGCAACACAAAGCAAGACGAUGCACCACAAAGCAAGACGAUGCAACACGAAGCAAGACGAUGCAACACGAAGCAAGACGAUGCACCACAAAGCAAGACGAUGCAACACGAAGCAAGACGAUGCAACACAAAGCAAGACGAUGCACCACAAAGCAAGACGAUGCACCACAAAGCAAGACGAUGCAACACAAAGCAAGACGAUGCAACACAAAGCAAGACGAUGCACCACAAAGCAAGACGAUGCAACACGAAGCAAGACGAUGCAACACGAAGCAAGACGAUGCAACACAAAGCAAGACGAGGCAACACAAAGCAAGACGAUGCAACACAAAGCAAGACGAUGCAACACAAAGCAAGACGAUGCAACACAAAGCAAGACGAUGCACCACAAAGCAAGACGAUGCACCACAAAGCAAGACGAUGCAACACGAAGCAAGACUAUGCAACACGAAGCAAGACGAUGCAACACGAAGCAAGCCACGACCGAAUGA